UUCUGUUGCGCUCAGAAAGACUUAUGGGAAAUGUUUCUCUCCCAAGCUUCGCGCUAGGUGGUCUGGGAUAAAAAUAUUGGGGGUGAGAUGGCGGCCGAGAACGGGUUGGAUUUAUCAGCAUUUAUCGUGGAAAAAGGCACUGAAGCAGAAGAGGGGAAUACUGAGGAGGUCGCUGAGAUUUCUCUGUCCCCUGAUCUGGAAGCGGAAGAAGCCAGGAAAGAAGAGCUGCGUGAACAAGCUAAGAAGAUUGAAGAAGAAAUUGUCACUCUAAAGCAAGCUCUUGAUCGAAAAGAGAAACAGUUAGCUGAAAUCAAACGGCUGUUAGGUAUCACAGCAUGGACACAGAUAAGAGAUGGAUUUCACCACCAAUAUCAAAACCUACAAGGAACUCAGAUGUAUCAGAAGACAGCUGACACGUUUAAAGAUUUGAAUGACAAAAUUACUCACUCUCAAGCGUAUAACAAACUAAGUAGUGGUGCUUCUGCUACUAAAUCAGUACUAAGUGGUGCGGGAUCCAAAACAGCAACCGCUGCAAAAAAUGUUGGAUCGGCAACAGCCAAGAAACUAGGAGAAAUUAGGGGAUCAUCUAUGUUUCAAUCUUUGGAAAGUAAAGUUGUAUCUGCCUCUUCAACUCUUAAGGUAAGCAAUGUUUGUUCUUGACAAUAUUAUUAUUACAGGUGCCACAAUGUUUUAGAGAUCAAACCUUAGUGUGUGCCCAUUCAACUGAAAGCUUUUCAGCAAUCAAGUGCAUGACCAUUCUGGAAGCUACUAUUUUCAAACAUGGCUUGAUCUAGUGUACUGUACAAGGUUGUUUUACAUGUAUGUACAUGUAACUUGUAGGUUUGUGGUUGGUACUCCAGUGUGUGUGACCAUACAAAUGUAAAUGAAUGCUAUUGAGAAGUAGAAGAUGUAAUAUAUC